AAAGGCAAUGCUACCAAAUACUAAUUGAGUGUGUGUAAACUUCUGACCUAAAUAAAAAAGUAAACAUGGGCUAUUAAUGACAUUUUUUUCACAUGGUUGGGGUGCCAGAAUAUUCAGAUAUCAAAAUGGUGUCAUGGGCCAAAGAAGUUUGGAUGGCAUGCAGUAAACCCCUGGGGCUUCCAAAAAGUCAAAUUGGCUUAUCGCAACAAGUCAUGAAAACAAACAUUUGCUUUUUGGUCAUAAUUCAAGGUUAGGGUUAGCAGUGUGAUUACGGUUAGAGUUUAAAAUCACAUUUUAAGAAGAUAAAUUGUAGAAAUAGAAUGAGUUUGUGACUUUGUAGCUGUGGUACCUAGUGACGACCAACAUGCAGGAACGGCCCGAAUAGGCCCACAGUUCACUUUCUUGAAGCUGGGGGGCAAUGUUGAGUCGAUAUAGAAUAUGGGGUUUCCAUGGAAAUAGGGGAACGCUGACUUCUCGCUCAGCAGACAGUAAGGUGUCAAACAAAUAAUCAUCAGCUGUUUUGUGAAGUUUUAGCAAGCCAACAUGGGUAAGAAGUCAUCAGAUGAAGACAAAACUACGUUGGCGGAGGCCUUUAUCAAUUUUCAGCUCCAAGUUAAGAGAAAGGAAAUACAUGAGUGCCAGGAAGAGGUCAGUCAACUCGAGACAAAGAAGCAAAGACACACAGAAUUGAGGGAGCAGUUGAAAGAGGAGCAGUUGGGGCAUAUCAAGGUCUUGCGGAAGCAGGCUAAAGAACAGGAGAGUAAGCUGGAGCAGAGAGAGGUGGUCAACAAAGAGCAGGUGGAGCAAGCUCUGCAGCAGAACUUGGAGCUAGUCCGCAGCCAGGAGAAAGAACUGGCAGAGCUGCGCGCUGAAGUCAUCCGCCUGGAGGAGGAAGUGCUCGUCUUGCAGGCCGAGAGGCACAUCAGGCAGGAGUAUAAGAUGGCCGGAAGUCAAGAGCACCAGCAGCAGAUCCAGCACCUGGAGGCUGAGCUGGCUCAGAUGCAGAAGGGGUUUCAGGAGAUGGCAGACAACAUUCAGCGCUCUCUUGAUGUAACUUUCAAUGAAAUUGACAAGAAGACAGUGCAUCUCAUAGAUGACAAAAAACAACUGGCUACAGAGAGGGCCAUCAAACACCUUGACAAGCACAGCCGACAGGAGAUCAAAGAGAAUGAGUGGCUGAAGAGAGAGCUUGCCAUUUACACAAGAGAGGUAUCCAUUACAGCAUUGGCCGUCCAACAACUGGAGGAGGAGAAUCUUGAGCACAUGGGUCAACUGUUUGAGCGUCGCCUGGAGGACCUGCAAAUCUCUAGAAACGUCUUCCUGACUCAGGCGGCAGGCCUGGGACCCUCUGACUCCACAGUACAGGAGACCAUUAUGAAGAGAUUCCCACCAGACGGGGUAAGCAGCAGCCCAGUACCUCCCCUCCACCCAGCAUCAGAAGCAUGGCGGGCUCAAAAGCAGGCCAAAGAGUUGGAGAGGGAUGAAACAAGUGGCAGCUGCAGUGAGGCAGCCUACAGGCCAACAGAGGACCCCCUUCAGGACCUCAGUGUGCUUCUGUACGGCAGCCAGACCUACCUGCAGCAGGGAGACAUGCACCUGGGCCCUCUGGAGAUGAAGCUGCUGACUGUGGUGGGCCAGGCUCUUCCCCUGCACCCUGUGCCAUCCGAGACCCCCGGCUCCAAAGGCUCCUCCUCAGCUCCAGAGAUGCUCCAGGCUCCCGAAGACUGGCCCCUCACUGCCCGCAUCAUCCACAAGAGGUUCAAGUAGCCAGGCCCAAGCACUAAUACACACACUUUUGUAAAUCUAGCAUUGGCCUCAUGUUGGGAUCAGAGACAUUACCAUUAAACCUGCAAUGAUUCUACAAACUCAAGGGUCUAAGAAUAUAUUCUUAAGCAACAAUUAAGCAACAACGGCACGUGCCACAUGAUGCUUCACAGGUUUAAAGUAGCUCAGAGUAGAAGUAUUGAUCGAGGUUCUGUCCAUAUAAUUCUAUUAAUUAAGAUCUAUAAACAAACGCAAGAUACUCAAAUCACCCACAAACUCAAGAUACUGUUGCAAAACACUUUAUUGAAAAAAAAAAAAAAACAAUCUACCAAAUCCUGCAUACAUUUAUUUAUAUAUUUAAUAUAAACAAAAAUAUAAAUCUGCAGGUACAAUGCAGUUAAAAUGCUAAUUUGAUGAAUAGAAUAACCUUCAUGUUCUGACCAUCCUGCACAUGUCCCACCCACCCCCAUGAUGGAAAUGAUCCAUUUUAUAUACACAAAGCACCGAUCAACAGUGCUCCAUUUCUCCCCCCCCCCCGCUCAACUGGAUCCUACUGCCCACUUACCCGACAUUCAUUUAACAUACUUUAUCUGUGCUUGAGUGAUCUUGUAUGGCUUAAUAGACCAAUAGAAUAGUCCCAAAACUGCUAACCCAGCCCUUCUGGCACUCUAGACAAGCUAGAGCAAACAAAGUAUUUAAAAGAUUUCAAAUAGUAUUUCAACCUAGAUCUGACACUUAGAGCUGACCAGUGACAUCCACAGCUCUUUCCCCUGCCCCCUGUGACCACCUCCUUUCCCCCAACCCAGAUGCUGGUCUAUGUAAAGAUGGCCUGAGCAUGAAGGACACUCUGCACAUUCAUUUUGGAAAGGCAGCCAUAGAAUAGUUCCAUGUAAAAUAAAUUACAUGCCAAGUGUAAAGCAUAAAAUGUGGAUCGUUCCCAACGCAAUGCCGGCAAAUCACAAAUGUAGUGCUUUGCUAGUGAGUGAAAAUGUUCCCUUAAGAAAAAAAAAAGACCCAAGCUCACAGAAUUGACUAUUGAAUCA